AAAGCAGCAUUUCCUUUGGUGGAUUUUGAUGUUCAACCAGACUCUUGACAGAGCAACGGCUGGUGUACUGAAGAGACACAGUGAAGUUCUGCUGAGGUCUUGCGGGAUACCAUGAGUUCCAGAUCAACUCUCAAUCAUCAAGGUCCUCCAAAACGAUACCGUCUACAUACAGAGAGGAAAAUACUUGAUGAUAAUGGGAAAGUCAGAAUAUGGACUUAUGGUACAAAAGACGCCAGUAAACAAAACAAAAUCCUUCUGCUGGUGGGAGAGACCGGUGCUGGAAAGACGACACUCAUCAACUCUUUAGUGAACUGCAUACUGGGAGUGAAGUUUGAAGAUGAAACAUGGAAUGAAAUCACAGAAGAAGAAGGUGGAGAUCAAACAGAAUCCCAAACCUCUGAAAUCACCAUGUAUGAGGUCUUUCCAGAGGAGAGUGCCAUUUCUCUCACCAUCAUUGAUACUCCAGGUUACGGAGACACUAGAGGACUGGAGAAAGAUCUGGAAGUUGCUGAAAAUUUAGCUUCUUUGUUUCAGAGCAAUGAUGGAGUUCGAGAAGUCGAUGCUGUGUGUUUUGUUAUUAAAGCGUCUAAUAAUCGUCUCUCAGACAGACAACACUACAUUAUCAGCUCAGUUCUGUCUCUGUUUGGGAAAGACAUUGUGAACAACAUUGUGUUUUUAAUCACACACUCUGAUGGUCUUCCUCCUAAAAAUGUCCUCGGUGCCAUAAAUAAAGCUAAAAUCCCCUGCAGACGAGACAGAAGUGGCCAACCUGUUCACUUCAUAUUCAACAAUCGUCAAGCCGAUGUCCGUCACAAUGAGAAACGCUACAUUCGUGCUCAAAGAGACGCCUGGGAAGACUGCAUGGAAGAGACAAAUCAUUUCCUUCAAUCUUUGAAAGAAAAGAACAGAUGUAGUUUAGAGUUGACUUCAGAUGUCUUGAUUCAACGCAUUCAGUUUGAAGCUUCCAUCAGCAACUUACAACUGAGAAUCCAAGAAAAAGAGUCAAAGAAGUCAGAAAAAAUUCAGAUUCAGGAGGCAAUGAGAAAAAACAAGGAUAGGAUUGAAAGAAGCACAAACUUUAGUAUUAGAUACAAAUCGACUGUCAAAAUGAAGGUGCCUAUUGUAAGUACAUCAUGGAAAAACAGAAAGGCAACAACCUGCACCGUCUGUGAGGAAAACUGCCAUGAGUUUGACUGCUGGUGGGUUUCCAGUACCAAAAAUUGUGAAGUCAUGAGAGAUGGCUUCUGCACCGUGUGCACAAGGAAGUGUCACUACAGCAAACACAUCAAAGACAACAAGAAAUAUGUUAUUACCACUUCUGAUGUUGUGACUAAUUAUAACGAAUUAAAAAAAGAUUAUGAAAUCCCUCAGAAUAAGAGGUUUUCAGUUGCAAUGGAUGAUCUUGACAAAGAUCUGAAGGUGAUUGAAGAUCAAAAGUUAAUGAUUGUGUUCAAAGCAUACAAGACCAUCAAACAUCUAUCUCAGGUGGCUUUAAAACCAGACUCUGCCUUCACCCUCCAGCAUCUGGACUUCUUCAUCCCCAGAGUCAGGGAGGCUGGGAAAGCAGAAUGGGCUCAAGAGCUGGAAGAGAUGAGGAGACAAGCAGCAGCCGAAGAAGCUAAUAAAGACACUCUGAGUUACCUGAAAGCUGGACUCAUAAAACUGUUUCUUGGUGACAAAUGAACAAGUGCAGACCAGAUGAGCACUUGAGGAUGAAGAUCCCUGUUUACGAUGAGAUGAAAUGGAGCAGGGGCUGAUUUAUACAAGUCAAAUUAAGAAAAUUAUUUAUCAAGUAGUUUAAGUGUUCAUUUUAAAGGCAAGCCACUCCAGUCUAAUCUAUUAGUUUAUGAACUAUCAUAAACCACUGUCUGUAACACUUUGGGUUAAUGGAUGGUAGUUUAUAACAAAAAAAUAUUGCAUCUGUUGUUUUUCUGGUGUUAAUUCUGGCCGAAACCCCUCCAGUCUUUUCUUUUGAAUCAAUUUCCAUAUACAAUAUUUCCCUCAGAUUAUGUUAAUGUAUUCUCUACAUCAAACUUCUUGUUACAUAUGGUAUAUAUACAUAUAAUCCCAUCAAACCAUCUACAUCAAAUGUAUCCAAUUCUAUGAGUUCUAGUUUAAAUAUGUAAAAACAUAUAUAUAUAAUAAUAAAUGAAUUAUAAAUGUCAACAUUAAAACCAGAAUAUUCUCAUUCCUCAACUUUUGCACCCUACUAUACAUAUAUAACCUAACAAAUGAGCAUUCCAAGAGAGUUCGCAUGGUGAAAUACAUUACCUUUCCUUAGUACCAGUUGAGACCUGUGAAGGAAUAUUUACUAUAUGUGAGUUUAGCAUUAAUAAACUACAUUAUUUGUCAUCGGUAUUAGAUGUAUAA